AUGGGGAGAUUCUUUGUAGUAAGGAGGAUGCAUUCCGGAGGAUAUGGGAAAGCUAUAGGGGAUGGAGAUCACACUGUACUUCCUACUCGAAUCCAUAAGGAGGAGAGUAGGAAAAGUUUUUACAUUAACAUGUUUCUUUCUUUUGCAGAGUCCAUGAUACCACAAUGGCCAAUGACACACGCAAGACUACACUACUACCCAGACUGGUUAUGCUUGACCAUGGGAUUUUACAUCAUUUUCCGGACAAUUCAGCAUCUUUUGGAGGAACUACCAGGUAUGAGUUCAAAACAAGGUGGCAAAGUUGCAACAACACCUCUACUGCCUUGUCCUAGACAGGUGGAGUUGCCUUAUGCUCAAGAUACCAAUUGUAUAUGCCCAGAAUCAGACGUGAAGAGGGCCAACUAUUCAAGAAUCAUCAAUCCUUCUGAUGCUAAUCGUUCCAUCAAUGUCACUGGAGAUGCCUAUAUAUCGAACCAGGGUAUACAAGUCACCCCUGAUGAGCGUAAUGUGGCAUUAGGUGGAAAAACUGGUCGAGCUAAUUUUAUUGAGCCACUGCAAUUAUGGAAAAAGACUACAGGAGAAUUGGCAGAUUUUACUACACAUUUCUCGUUUGUCAUUGAUUCAAAUGGUAACGAUAGCUUUGCUGAUGGACUCGCCUUUUUCUUAGCUCCUGUUGGUUCUAGUAUACCAAUUGGUUCAGCUGGAAAUGGCCUUGGUCUUGCCAAGGCCGAGUUAGAAGGCAGCUCAUCCCCUGAGCCAUUUGUUGCUAUCGAGUUCGAUACAUUUCUCAAUACUUGGGACCCACCCUAUUUACAUGUUGGUAUCAAUGUAAAUUCUAUGGAAUCUGCUGUUACUCAAGUAUGGAGGAAUAACAUUACACUGGGGAGGAAAAAUGAUGCUUGGAUUAGUUAUAAUGCUAGUUCGCAUACUCUUAAAGUUGUUUUCACUGGAUUUUCAAAUAAUAAAUUUAACAAGGACAAGCUUAGUUUAUUGAUUGAUCUGAGGAAUUAUUUGCCUGAGAAUGUUACUUUUGGCUUCUCAGCAUCAACUGGACAAUUGUUUCAGAAAAACAAUGUCAAGUCUUGGGAUUUCAAUUCAAGUUUGAGUUUUGAUCCUAACGAAGAUCCAGAAAAUGCUGAACAGCCUAGUGCAAGUCCUCCUAUUACUCAAGUUCAAGAUCCAAAGGGUCCUCCUUCCAAUCAAGAAAUCAGCGCCAGGAAAAAAGGAAACAAGGGACUAGUAGUUGGAUCAAGCAUAGGUUUGCCUGUUCUGAUUCUUGGGCUGAUCACUGCUAGCUGCUUUUUAUUGAAGAAAAAGAGGAAAAGGAAUGAUAAAGACCAUGUCUUUGCUGAUCUGAGUAUGGACAAUGAAUUUCAAAAGGGAACCGGCCCUAAGAAGUUUUCAUAUGGUGAAUUAGCUCUUGCAACGAACAACUUUGCUGAGGGACAGAAGCUUGGAGAAGGUGGAUUUGGCGAAGUUUAUGAAGGUUUAUUGAAGGAAUGUAAAUCAUAUGUUGCUGUUAAGAGAGUAUCAAGCGGUUCUAAACAAGGGAUAAAGGAGUAUGCAUCAGAAGUGAAGAUCAUCAGCCGAUUAAGACACAGAAAUUUAGUUCAACUUAUUGGUUGGUGUCACGAGAAAGGGCAGUUGCAUCUUGUUUAUGAAUUGAUGCCUAAUGGAAGCUUAGAUAAGCAUCUUUUCAAAGAAAAGUCAUUGUUGGUAUGGGAAAUCAGGUGGAAAAUUGUUCAAGGAUUAGCCUCGGCUUUGCUCUAUCUACACGAAGAGUGGGAACAAUGUGUAGUCCAUAGGGACGUAAAAGCAAGUAAUGUCAUGUUGGAUUCAAACUUCAACGCUAAAUUAGGCGAUUUUGGUUUGGCUAGACUUGUGGAUCAUGAAAAAGGAUCUCAAACAACAAUGUUGGCGGGGACUGUAGGGUAUAUGGCACCUGAAUGUGUUAUGAAUGGAAAAGCUAGUAAGGAGUCAGAUGUCUACAGUUUUGGGAUAGUAGCAUUGGAAAUAGCAAGUGGAAGAAGAUCAAUAGAUAUUAAAGCAGCAGAAGAUCAAGUGAGAUUGGUGGAAUGGGUUUGGAACCUCUAUGGAAUUGGAAAGCUAGUUGAAGCAACUGAUCCAAGAUUGAAUAAGAUAUUUAAUGAGCAACAAAUGAAACGUUUAAUGGUUCUUGGUCUAUGGUGUGCUCAUCCAGACAACAAACUCAGGCCAUCAAUAGGGCAAGCAAUUCGUGUUCUUGAUUCUGAAGUUCAGUUACCUAUUCUUCCCUCAAGAAUGCCUGUUGCGACGUAUUCUCCCCCUCCAUUGAAUAUGUUUUCGCCUCCAUUUUCACAUACUUAUGAAACUAAAACAGUGGGGCGUGAGCAGGAACAGACUAUGACUUACACUUAUAACAGUACUAAAUACUCAAGUGUUUAUACAUCAUCAGCUGCUUCGUCGACAAAAUCACUUUUGUAA